CCUGAGAGCAGACGUAUUGGAAGCUGUCAGGGAGGAACCCUGGUAACCAUUUCUGAACCGGACCCUGGACUCUCUGAGGAACCUGAGGACAUGUCUUUGGACCGAGAGGAGACCAGGAAGAGUAGAUUUGCUGGUAGAGCAAAGAAGAAGGCUAAGUUCAGACGCCGUGGAAGCCGUCAGAGAGUAACAAUGGUCACCAUCUCUGAACCGGACCCUGGACUCUCUGAGGAACCUGAGGACACGUCUUUGGACCGGGAGGAGACCAGGAAGAGAAGAUUUGCUCUAUGGUUUCACAUCACUGUCAUUGUGAGCAUCGGACUGCUGAGUAUUCUCCUCAUCUCCCUGCGCUUCAACUCACCGUCACCCUGGAUAGAGGGGAGAGAGCACUUACUGGAUGAACUCGGUUCAGUGAUGCCCACGGAGGAGGAGGAGGCCCCCAGCAUCACAGAGUUCCACUCCUCUACCCACGUUUUGCCCGUGGGCCAAACGGCCCGCUACACCUGCCACGCCGGCGGCACGCCGGAGCCCACAGUAGAGUGGCUCCACAACGGCAGGUCCCUGGAGAGGGACGGCACAGACGACCAAUCAGAGGCCUGGGUGGAGAGGGGCUUCCUCUUCGUCAGAGGUGGGAGGUAUGGCGUGAACACGGUCUGCUGCAUGGCGAGCAACAGCGCUGGCACGGCCAAUCACAGCGCUAAGCUGCUUGUCUUUGAUGCCUGUGACCUCACACUGGACCCCAACACGGCCAACAGAGGACUCUCUCUGUCUGAGGACAACAGGAUGGUGACGCUGGUUGGAGGGGACCAGUCGUAUCCGGAUCACCCAGAGAGAUUUGACCCCUGGCCCCAGGUGUUGGGUAGAGAGGCUCUGACUGGCCGCUGUUACUGGGAGGUAGAGUGGGAAGGAGGUGUUUAUAUAGGAGUGGCAUACAGAGGAAUCACAAGGAGAGGACGGGGUGAUGACAGCAGGCUUGGACGGAACAACAAGUCCUGGAGUCUUUAUUGUAUUGAUGAUGGUCGUUACUCUGCCCUGUACAACGGUAUACAGACAGCCCUCCCUCUCCGCCCCGCUGGCUCCACCAGAGUAGGAGUGUAUCUGGACCGGCCUGCUGGCUCUCUGUCCUUCUACAGAGUGUCCCCAGGUGGAGGAGGGUCCUCAGACACACUGACACACCUCCACACCUUCUGGUCCUCCUUCACCCAGGAACCCAGUGGGGUCCUCAGCCUCUCUGUGUCGGAUGUAGAAGAAAAAUAAACGGGCUCUCAGUCC